AUGGAUAUUCAAGAUAACCUUAGGGUGGCCUCGUUUUCGGCUUACCUAAAUCCCGGAGAUCAAGAAAGCUUCGCCCUAAAGAUUGCCACAAUUGUUCAAGAAGCGAUUCCAACAAGUAUGUGUUCGGAAGAAACUCCUCGCGUGGUUAGCUUCAGACGCACCAAACCGGAUCAUAAAGAGAGCGAAAUAAGCGUAUUCGGUACCAACAAGUAUCUAAACAUCAAGAUGGAAUACAAUUCAUCGAAACCAGCCGAGGAAAAGGAACAUAUCAUCAAAUCUAGAUCACUAUCAAGCUGGAAUAGCCAAUCAUUGCUCCUCGAGAAUCCCACGAGGAUCAAACCAAAAAAGAGAAGGGGUUUUUUCAAGAGAUUUGUCUGCCAAGGACCAUGUAGAGGCAAUAAAUCAGACCGUGUUGAUCAUGGGAUGAUGGUUUUGGAUUCUUCCAAACGCUCUCAAGAUCAAAACGCAUUCAAAAAAGAGAAUCCCGAUCUAUCCAAGAAAGUACUAACUGAAGAACCUCGUAACUCAAUAGAGGUUUUUGGUUCUCAAGCAGCGAAAAAGGGAGAUGACAUAUCCAAGAACCUCGAGAGGAAGCUCUCCAUGUUAACAUGGGAUGCAAUUCCGAAAAAAAACCCAUAA